UGCGAGCACGGGCGGGUCCGAUCGAGAUGCAAGGAGUGCGGGGGCAGCAGCAUAUGCGAGCACGGGCGGGUCCGAUCGGUAUGCAAGGGAUGCGGGGGCAGCAGCAUAUGCGAGCACGGGCGGGAGCGAUCGAGAUGCAAGGGAUGCGGGGGCAGCAGCAUAUGCGAGCACGGGCGGGUCCGAUCGCAAUGCAAGGAGUGC